UCGUUUGAAUCAACUACAUAUAAUUAUAAAUAUUUUUUUAUUAUAGAUUUUAUAAUCUUCUGUAUGCAGACAUUGAAUAGCAAGUGCCUUAAGUGGGUAGUACAGUGCAUAAGAAUAUGAAGAUAAUUAAUAAAAAAAAAAUAUAAGUGCCUAUAUACUGAAUUUUAAUAUAUUACGGGACAAGCAUCUUUGGCUGAUAUAUGCGUAUACUCGUAAACUAAUACAUUUUUUCCAAUAUUUAUUUACAGUAAUGCAACAUGUACGUAACUGUGGUCCGCAAAUGUUUAUUUACAGUCGUAAGGGCGGCACACUGUUGGCGAUAAAUGAUUUUAUAUAUCGCUCAAAUUUAAAGCGUUUCGGAAGAAAUAGUGACAAGGUAUACUGGGAAUGUAUUCACAAUCGUUCCAAAAAAUGCCGAAGUCGUUUAAAAACUAUUGGCGAUGAUCUAUACGUUACAAAUGGUGAUGGUCAACGCAUUACUACCGCUAGACGGGCUGGUUUGUUAAUUUAUAAGAAAUUUAGUUCAAUAGGACAAAAUGUAGGAAAAUUACAAUGCAAUACGAUCUCUUAGAAAAGUUAAAUAUGUUUAAAAUGUUAAAUGACCAAUGUUUAGUUUAUUUGUUAUGGACAAUAUACUUAGAUAGACAUGUAUUAUUUUUAUAUUAAUAAAAUUCAGUCCAUAUAUCAUAA